AUGACAAAUUUAAUUGAAGAAGGUUCAAAAGUCAUACUUUAUCUCGGUUAUAAUAAUUUACAUGUGAUUAAAAUUAAAUUAAAUGAAGUCUAUCAAACAAAAUUCGGUGCUUUAAAACAUAAUGAUUUAGUUGGAAAAGAAUUUGGUAGUAAAAUUAUUUGUUCAAAAGGUUAUGUACAUGCAUUACCAAUUAUACCUGAAUUAUGGACAUUGGCAUUACCACAUCGUACACAGAUUCUUUAUAUGGCUGAUAUUAGUUUAAUUUUACUUGAAUUAGAUAUUAAACCAGGUUCAAUUGUUAUUGAAGCUGGUACUGGUAGUGGAUCACUUUCUCAUUCGAUUAUUCGAUCUUUACGUCCAAAUGGUCAUUUAUAUACAUUUGAAUUUCAUGAACUUCGUUCAAAAUUAGCAAAGAAUGAAUUUGAGGAACAUGGUCUUUCAUCAUUUGUUACAGCUCAACAUCGUGAUGUACUUUCGAAUGGUUUUGAGUAUGAAAAUAUUGCUGAUGCUGUCUUUCUUGAUUUACCAGCACCAUGGGAUGCUGUCGAACAUGUGAUGAAAGUUUUGAAAAAAACUGGAGGUCGUUUAUGCACUUUUUCACCAUGUAUUGAACAAGUUCAACGAACUUGUCAACGAUUACGUACGAAUGGGUUUGAAGAAAUUAAUACAGUUGAAUGUUUACGUCGUGUACAUGAAUUUCGUUAUCAACAUCGAAGUAAAAUUCGUUUUACUGCUGAUGAAAAUCAAAAAGAAGAAGUACAAGUAGAAGCAGAAGUAGAAGAAACAACUGAUACUAAAUCGAUGAAACGAGAAUCAACUGAAGAUCGUGAAGAAUUAACAACAAAUAAGAAGUUGAAAAAUAAUUCACAAACAGCAAUGAUAAAAAAACAACCACAAGAAACUGUAUCAAUGUUAACAGCAAAUGGUCCUUUAAUUAUGCCUGGUCAUACAGGCUACUUGACUUUUGCUUAUCUUAAACAAGAAUAA